CGGGUUUGUUUUCCCAAGGAAACACUGAGCAGAGACUUUCGUUUUCGUUUUAUCAGCAAGCGUGGAGCAAGUUCUAGUGAUUAUUUUUUAAGCUUAAAAAUGUAUCAAUUGUUAUUGAUAGUCCUGGCUGUUCCGAGUGCGACCGUUUGGAGCUAUCCCCUAGGGAAGAAUGUGUUCGCCACGCAGAACGAUGACGGUGCGGAGUUUCGCGACAAGGCGUUCGACGAGGAGUUCCGAAAAGUGACUGUGGUUGGAAGUGCACCUGUUCACGCCCUCGAUUCAUACGAUAAUCCUCGCCACUUGGAUAAUGCCUCCCGGGAGAAGGACAAUUUCCCAUCCAACAUCUACAGCAAAUACGACAACACCCAGCAGAAAGUAAAGGGCUGGUUUGAUACGCCACCCCUAAUCGACACCAUCCGCGAAUCAGAGAAAUACGGCAACGAAGGUGAUCACUUGUAUUUUCUCACCAAACCGCUGGUCAAGGUCACCGAAACCGUGUCCAAUACUAUCAACAGGGCCAUAGCGGCACCGCGGAAGCUCUUUCAGCAUGCAACGAAAGGCGUUUCGGAAAAGCUGAACGACUUCGGGGCCAAACUGGUUGGGCUGAGAAAAUGAUUCCAGUCAUUUGGAGUAGUUGCUAAGGAUU